GGAUCUCUCGACUGCCUUUCGUGCUGCGCUUCCCAAGCUAGAGGAGGGGCAGUUGUCUGUCGGGGCGCCUAGUUCGCUUCCAAAUUAGAUCGUACCUGGGUCUUGGCCGAGAUUCGCAACCCUCGAAUCGCCAGCCCUGGUCGUAAAGAGCGGCACAAUUCCUCUCGAACCCCAAGCACCUGCUCGCCGUCAAACACCGUCAACUACGGGCCGCCCGGGAGAUACCGGGGAGACGACGUUGGGAUGGAAUUGAUGGAGUCGACUGUGCUCGCGGACGGGCCUGUGGUUGCUCCCGGAAGAUCCAAGCGUAGAGUGUUCCCUACUAACUCCUCCAUCAUCCUUGUGGGAUGCCGAGGUGCUGGGAAGCGGACGCUCGGCUUCAUCGCCGCCAAACACCUCGGCCGCCGGCUUGUCACUGAGGAUCAUGCGUUCGAACGUUUGAUCGGGUCGAGUCGGCCCACCUUCUUACGCAAGUACGGGCGAGAAACCUUUAACCAGCGGAUGACGAUGGUGUUCGCCCAGAUGCUGAAGCUAAACCGUACGAACUGCGUUAUAGAGUGCGGGACGGCGACGCUAUCACCUGAGAUAGAGGAACUGCUCAAGGCGCACGCUGAGACCAACCCGGUCAUUUAUAUCCACCGCGAUAAGGAUGACCUCCGCAAAUUGCUGAACCUGCCCGCCGCGGAGGCGGAACGUGCUCUCGCCACCGACUCGAGACACCGCGAGUUCUCUAAUUUCGAGUACUUCAACCUUUUUGACCCCAGCGGAGAAGGUCAAGUAGCGAAAGACUCCUCGCUUCGUUGCGCACCCACCAACUCGGCUAAGCUGGUUCAAGCGAAGGAAGACUUCAAAAAUUUCCUCGAUCACAUCUUUGGAUACGGGUUGACACGAUCCUGGAUGGCUAACCCUUUCUCCAUGAAGGCCAUACCUCCGGAGUAUCGGACGCACACCUUCGUCCUGUCUUUGCGCCUCUCUAACCUCGUGCACAUGUCUGAUGAUCUCUCCGUAUUGGAGGCCCCCGGCGAGGCCGUCGAGCUCAUAAUCGAUACCUGGCCGAGCAACAUGCUCGAUAUCAUCGCCACCCAGGUAGCGUUGAUUCGCCGCAAACUGGACCUCCCGAUUAUUUACAACGUCGAAGAGAAUCCUCGGGAAGAACGUCGGCGGCCCCUCGAAGAAAGAGACGCGGUGGAUCUCGAAUUGAUGCUCCACGGCCUACGGCUAGGGGUCGAGUACCUAAGUCUCGACCUCGAAAGGAGUCUAGGCCUAGUCUCGCACAUUUUAUCCAUGCGAGGCAGGACUAAGAUCAUUGGAAACUACACCGUGAAGGGGUUCGGCGCACCGCAGUGGAACGAGGACAUCUAUGUCGAACGCUACUUAUUCGGUCAACAGCUGGGAUGUCACAUUGUUCGCAUCGCUCGAUUCUGCGCCGUCGACAGAUCUGACGAACUUCGGCAAGUUUUUAUUGACAGGGUUCAGGCUUUGCCUGACCCGAAGCCAUGCAUCAUCGCAUACGAUUACUCGGUAUUCGGUGUGGUGACUCCAUUUCAGGGACAGAUUAUGAAUCCUGUCGGACACGAUUCUCUCGAGAAGUCCGCGCGUGAACAAAUGGUCGGCGUAAGUACGACGCGGGGCACUCUGCGUGAUAUUUUUCGGAAAGGAUGGCUUCAGCCACUCAACUUUUACACAUUGGGGUCGAAUGUCUAUUACUCGGCUUCCCCGUCCAUGCAUAGAGCAGCAUAUGAGCACUACAUGAUGCCACACACGUUCGACGCCAAGCGCUGUACCUCGCUGGAGGAGGUGGACCGGGUUCGGUGCGAGCCCGGUUUUGGUGGAGCUUCGUUGGCCGCCCCUUUUAAAGUCGCCAUCAUGCAGCACCUCAAUCAUCUCAGCGCUCACGCUGUCGCGGUCGGUGCGGUUAACACGCUUUUACCGCUGCGCGGAGACACUGGCUCCAUCCUGGACCACGCCAACGCCCGAAACCGAGCCGGUUCUGCUACUAAGUUUUACGGCGACAACACGGACUGGAAUGCCAUCAUGACCUGCCUACGGCGAGCAAUCAGCCCUAGGAAUUAUGUGCAACCCUCGCGAACGACGGCCCUCGUGAUUGGCGCCGGGGGUAUGGCACGUGCGGCUAUAUAUGCGCUGAUCAAGCUCGGUUGCCGGAUGAUUUUCAUACAUAAUAGGACGAGGGAGAAGGCAGAAGAGGUGGCUACUCACUUCAAUAUGUACGCGGCGGAGCAGCGGCUCUUUGGUCGCCAGAAUGAAGGAAAGAAAAUUUGUCGGGUCCUUGAAUCGCCUAGCGAUCCGUGGCCAGAAGACUACCUGCAACCUACGAUGAUCGUGUCGUGCAUUCCAGCAUCUGGCACGGACGACAAUCCGCCUGUGGACUUCAGAAUGCCCGCACAGUGGCUGAAAAGCCAUACAGGCGGCGUUGUAAUAGAGUUGGCAUACGAACCCCUCAUAACGCCGCUGGUCAGUCAAGUGCGCAGCAUUCGGGAAGAAGGCAAUACCUCAUGGGUUAUCGUCGACGGCUUAGAGGUCGUUGGCGAAAUGGCUAUGGAAGCCUUUGAGCUGAUGGUUGGCCGCCAAGCACCUAGACGAUUGAUGAGGAGGGUCUGUGAUGAAACCUGGGAGAGGACAAGCGCACCUUUUCAACCACAAAGAUAACUCAUCGCAAUUACUUGCAGGGCGGAAGACGGGAAACUGCUCUCGGGAGAAUCACGGAGUCGCAGAGAGCAGAGCACACUUCAGUUGGUCUACAUUAGGACCGUUACCAGCGAUUUGAUCGACCUAUCCGUUGCCCCCGCCGU